AUGCGCAACCUCCACCACUGCCUCCUCGUCUCCCACCACUGGCACGCACAAGCAGAACCAUGGCUCUACGGGAACAAUGUCGUCAUCAACCCAGCCUUCCAAAGAACCCACGCCUCCCUCAUCCAAACCCUCAGGACCCGGAAACAUCUCCUUCGAAAAGUCGAGUGGCAGUCUCAUUUUCAUGGUGGGGAAGUUCUCGUUCCUGAGGAUUUGCUGGACGUUUUUCUGGACUACCGUCCACCACCCGUUGACGACAACAAGCGCGACAAUGACUUGGGAGCAGAAUUAGGAGCAACAACAGCAUCACAACAGCGACAGCGGCUGCGGAUGAUGGUCGCGACGAGCUCAGCAGUACUUGGACCGAACCGCCCAAGCCUGACGCAUUUCUCGUUUGUCGGAGUUGACCACUUUGGAUGUCUGCUCAACACGAUUCUCUUCAACUUGACGACGACCAACCUAACAACACUGGAACUCCACCUGGUGGGAUAUGGGACAGCCAACAUGUAUUCUGCGGACAUGGCGAGGAUCCUGGACACGUUUGUUUACCUCAAGAACCUCUCCAUUACCGGGAAUAUGGCCAGGUACUUGUCACCGCCUGAAGUGAAAGGUGAUUCCUGGCAGCAUGACGAGACCGACUCUCCGCCCUUUUCUGAGACAACUGCGACAAUGGCGACGACGACUACUAACCCUUCAGCACAGAGUCAUCAACAGUACCGCCUGGAGACGUUUGCAUUUGACCCGAGAAUGUUGACAAAAGAUGGCCCAGACGUGCACGCGAUUUUCAAACGACUCCGAAACCUCAAAAGGAUCCAGAUCCGUUCCUCGGUCAACUAUUUCGACUGCUUUUCCUACUGCUCCCCGUGGGUGUUUGGUCAGAUCUUGAGUCAGUGCUGUCCGGAACUAGAAGCGAUCGAGACCUGGGGCCCCGUUGCGCUUUGGUUCUUUGACUUGCCCAUCUUACCGUCCGACAAGAUCCCGCACUUGACCGUUUUGACUCAGGAGUCGUCACCACUACCGGAAGAAUGGUCGGAAUUUGUCACAGUCAGCGAUGUGAGAGAGUCCUUGCUGGAACGGCGGUUCCGGGGUCAGGAGGUGGAUGAGCUUUUGGUUGAGGGCAAGGGUCUGGCAUCGUAUUUCCCGCGGUUGAAGACUCUGAUUCUGGGACAAGACCAUUCUCUAGGGGCGCAGGAUUUCAUCUUGCUGGGUCUGCAGGCGCGGUUCCUGACACAUGUCGAGAUCUACCACCGACCUGUCCAUCUCAAGUUCGUCUGGGACAUGUACGACAAAGAUGCGGCUUUGGUUGCGGAUGAGCUCGCCGACCCGACAAUAACGAUGGCGAGCACUUACAAUGCGAUUCUCGAGAACAGACGGCUCCGGAAGCGGUGGAAGGUCGGGACUCGAGAAGUACUCUUGUUCUUGCAGCACUGCUCCAGUCUCCGCUACUUUUCCCUAACAGGAUAUGCCAUUGAAUCCAAGGACCUUAUCCAGAGCAGCAGGGGCGACGAAACAGGAGAAACACCAGCAGCAGAAGGGUUAUCGUUUAUUGAACCGUGGGCGUGCGAGGAGUCACUCGAGACGCUUACUAUCGGCUUCGACAUGUCAUACAACCCUUCCAAGGACCACCACGCACUCGUUUGGAAGCACCUGGGACGGUUCAAGAAACUCCGUUCCCUCACCCUACCGCUCUCGACCCUCAUUCCAUCCCCCGCCUACGGUGUCGAAGGCUUGCUCACAGGAGGAGACCAGCACAACGAGACACUGGAAGAGAUCCGAUCAUUACCAUCAUGGUGGAAGAUAGAUGACCGUAAGGAAAUGGUGCUGUGGUAUGCAAAGUCCUGUCCUAGGCUGAAAGUACUUGGGUUGGAGUAUACCAAGUUGAGGGAUGUAGGUGGGUGGUCGUUUAGUUCAUUUGUGGGCGAUGAGGAUGUGAGGAGGUGCUCUAUCCGACGCGUCUUUGUCGAAACUGCCUUCUCUUGA